AUGCAUCAUCUUCCCAACCCUAAAAGUUGUCUAACCGACGGAAACUUGAGAGUGGGGGUGAGUAUAACGUUAAGGGAAACUCGGGAGACAGGAUUUGUCCUACCCGAACGUCUUACCCGACAGUUAUCAUGAAGGAAUAUCCUCCCGAGUGAUUGCUAUGCCUCAUGGCUGCAUCUCAGCAUGAAUCUGCACCGCACUCUUUGCGAAAUACAACCUCUGUGAUUCUGCUUGCUAGUUUCUUUGUUUUGGUUUUGUACUUUCUAUUUAAACAUACGAGGAUCGAUUUUACUGAAUCCAUUGCGCCUGGUAUCACAUAUCGGUCUCUUCUCUCCAGACACAGUUUCUCAAGUCAGGUUUGGGUGUAAGUUAAAUCGAGACUUGACGAGAAGUGACUUCUAAGGAGGAAUUUGGCCCGCUAAUUGAUUGUCUCUAGGAUGCGUACUACGAUCCGUACAAUCCUUUCAUGAAUAUCAUAUUUCCAGUCUUUGGCAACACCGAAGAGAGUUAUCAAUCCGGUGUUGCCCGAAUCCAAAAAUCGUCUGUGGAAAGCACAACUCGAAGAGUCUUCUUUAGCCAUUGGGUCUAUGUGGCAGAUGGUAACGGAAAGGUCCCCAGCAAUGCGCAUUGGGAGUUUCAUAAAUAGUCGCUUUUAGUCAAUGGAGCUCCCAUUUUGUAGGCUGUUGGCAUCGGAAAGGUGGAGGAAGAGAAUUUGCGAGUAGGACUGUGAACGAAAUUUACAAUCUGACAGCAAAACAUUUGGUAAGACCAUAUACUUGUAAGUCACUCAAGAAGAGACAUCAUCUCACCGUCGUCAGCUCAUGAGAUUAUAGAGGUUGACAUGACUUUUACCUACCGAAAGGAGAGGCGCAAGGGUCACGGUGGCAUGCUUAUGAAGUGUGGAAUGGGCAAGGCAGCCGAAGUGGGCGUAGGAUUUAAAGUUGAAUCGAGCAAUCAAGGUUAUGGACUUUACAAGAAAUUUGGACUCGGAUCGAUACAGAAGAUCGCGGUUGAUACUGCGGUUGAUAACCCUAGCAACACUUGGAAGAGACUUUAAUCUGAUUUUGGCGAUACUCUGAUUUGGUGGGUGAGAGAGCACUUGAAGAAAUGUACAAAGAGGGCAAAACUGUACUUCCAUGGGAGGCAAGAGUCGACUUUCAUGGUCUUUCUUUUGCUAUCCACAGUGAGGUUAGGGAAAAUGAUAGCAUGU